GAGCUCAGGGUCCGUACGAUCACGCUCGACGUGGAGGCAUCGGACACGAUCGACAACGUCAAGGCCAAGAUUCAGGACAAGGAGGGCAUCCCCCCCGACCAGCAGCGCCUCAUCUUCGCUGGCAAGCAGCUGGAGGACGGCCGCACCCUCAGCGACUACAACAUCCAGAAGGAGUCCACGCUCCACCUGCCGUCGCUGGCGGUGCUGGCGCGCAAGUACAACUGCGACAAGAUGAUCUGCCGGAAGUGCUACGCGCGCCUUCCGGCGCGCGCCGUGAAUUGCCGCAAGAAGAAGUGCGGCCACACGAACUACCUGCGCCCGAAGAAGAAGCUGAAGUGA